UGGUCACAAGGUGUUUUAUCAACUUUGUUGUUUAACAAAGAUUGUAUAUUUAUUAAUAUGGUGACAUUUUCUUUAAGGAGACACGAGUUUGACAUUUAUGAUUUAUGAAUUAUGAAGUCUCCAGUGUCAGCAUUAUGUAAGAACUUUGUGAACUGUACAAGAAUGUACAAGAAAUACUAUGUUUCUGACACAGAAACAUAGUAUUUUAUUUUUAGGCUUGUUGUGGUUUCGCUGUAACAUGAAUUUUUUUAUCUUUACUUUUAAAUCAGUCUUGCAGAAAGAAAAAAGGCGCAAUGAAAGAACUGUCAGCAGAACAACCACAUGUUUAAAGGAACUUAGUUGUUUUAACGUUGCACGAUAUUUAAUACAUUUGAUUUGCAUUUUGGUUUUUAUGAAAAGAAACCAUUUUACUGUGAUUUCAAUGGUCUAUAUUGUGAAGAAAUCACGUGUGUGUAUGUUCAUUUGUUUGUUUAUUUGUAUUUUUUAAAGGUCAUGAUUUUGGUUUUUAGCUCCCCCAUUAGGUAUAUGCAACGCCGCAUACUAACAUACUAAACAGCGCGCUACGGCUUAUAUCGAGUCAUAUUUUAUACACGCUUUCUAGUACGGUAGUACGCACUAGUGGGCGUGAGCGAGCGGAUUGGCGUGAUCCUGUGAUCGACAGGUAGAAGACCCAAUUAUACGGGUUUUUUAAGUCUCUGACCAAUGGCUGAGUUUGGGGGCGGGAUUUUUUAAUUCCCGGUUGUUGUGCCGCUGUUUUCAAUUGUUUAACUGACCCACGGAGAAAGGCUUUCUGGUUAAAAUGGCGCAUCUAGAGUUAAAUGGAACCUGUUUGUAUUGAAAUUUUAACAGUGUUUUGUUUCGUGUUUAGUAGUUUUCGUGUUACAAAUGAAAAACGUUUAAAUGUAGGAUUUAUUUCACUCAAUCCAACUCGAGGAAACACCACAUCCUCUUCUGUAACGGGUUACUGAAAGUAUCCAGAAUUGAUCAUGGAAGUGGGCACGGUCAUACAAGAAGAACUGAAAUUUCGUGGAGUUGAUUUUGCCAUUAAAGUGGAACUGCAAGAUCGCUUACUAACGGUCGAGAUUUCUGAUAUCGUGACAGCAGACCAGUGGAGUGGGGAAUUCGAUCCAGCCUACAUUGAAGAUCUCACUCGCAAAACUGGAAACUUCAAACAGUUCCCUAUAUUCUGUAGCAUGCUCGAGUCAGCAGUCAGUAAGACUAGUGAGUCAGUAACACUUGAUCUGCUGACCUACUCGGACCUGGAGCUUUUGCGGAACAGAAAGGCGGGUGUGGUGGGAAGGCCCCGUGCCCAGCAGCAGUCUCCUGCUCUCAGCACUAAACGCUACCUCAUCCUUAUUUACACUGUGGAGUUCGAUAGGAUUCACUACCCUUUGCCACUGCCAUAUAUUGGUAAGCCUGAUCCUGCAACUCUUCAGAGAGAGAUCAGGGCUCUAAGGGCUGAACUAAAUGCUAUUAGGAUGCAAGGAGACCAUGCAGUGCCAGACCAAGAAACACGUCGACUGCGUGCAGAGUUAGCUGUGGUCCGGGAGGAGAAGAAUGCCCUAGCUGAGGCUCUGGAGCGGCUUCGGACAGCUGGGACUGGUUCCAAUUCAGGCGCUCGGGGACUCAGGGAAGCGUUGCGCAGCCUUGAGGAGCAGCUUUUGAGAGAAAGAGCCAAAAGCCAACGCUCAGCAAGCAAGAGGGAUCAAGAACAGCGCCAUCUAAUGGAACAGUUGGAGGAUCUAAGGGCCUCGGAGCGAGCUCUACGUAUACGUGUGAAGAGUCUGACCACUGAACUAGCCGUGUUACGCAGGGGGAGGAUUACACCGGUUCUGUCUGGCCGGAGUGGGUCCAGGGGUGAGGCAGAUUUUCCACGGUCCGCCUCAAGGGAGCGUGGUUUACCCCGAGCAGGAGUAAGAACUCGCUCAGGGUCCAGAGAGAGAGCGGAGGAUCACAGCAGGAGGUCAGAAGAUAGAGGGAGAAGAUCAGGUUCUUCAGGAGCACGCAACCACUUGUCACGGCCAUUACCAUCUCCAACAGGGUCCCGGGGGCCUCGUUUUGACCCAACAUCUUACAUUCAAGAGCGACAACGACGCCAAAAAGAAACAGAAUUGAAGAACCAAAGAAAAGUUCGAAGGGACAUGUUGGCAUCACCAGCUCUGAAUGAACGCGGUCGUUCACGGUCCAGAGAGCACGGUCCUCAGCUGAUCAGACGAGGGAGUGGCGGCCGGGGCAGGAGCACAUCUGUGGAGAGCAGGAGGAGUCGUCACUCUUCUGAAAGCUCAAUGGCUGAGUUUGAGGAUCUCGCCAAGCCUCUAAAUAGCAGGGGAAGAAAACUAGCGUAUAAUGGUCCAGCUGAGAUGAGAGGAAGACACUUGAAUAAAAAGCCAAUGUGUAGCACUCCAACACAAAGAGUAAAAGAGAGUUCUAUGGAUACAGGAGCAGACCUGUCUGAGAUCGAUGCACGCCUCCAGGCCCUGCAGGAGUACAUGAGAGACCUGGACACAGGACGCUAGUAAUAAUUGGUGGAAUUGAUCUUUAAGGGUUUUAUUGCACAAGCAGGUGAUGACAUUCAUCAGAAUGGACAAUCAUUAAUUUUAUCUCGCUGUUCAAAUAGAGAUGCAGAAAUUUCCCGGUUCUACAAGAUUAUCUGCAAUUAUGGAUUGCCCCCCCAUUGACUAACACUGACUUGAAGGACUCUUGGGUUUUAUGUGACUAGUUGUAUAUGCUGUGUUUGUGAAUUAGGAUAUUUGUAUGUGGUGUAGCUCUUGUUUUAACCAAUUUGUACACAUUUUAUAACAUUUUUAUACAAAGAUUUUAAUUCAUAUUUCUUUACCUAUAUCUUCAAUUCGUUUUCUAAGAUAAUGUCCCCUUAUGGUGGUGACAUACAACGGGAUUGUGGUUGACUGAUUAAUUGUGAUCCACUCAUUUAUAUCUAAAACCUUUUAAGGUUUGUUUUCAAACAUUAGCACACAUGCAAAGUUUACACAAUGUUUUAACUCGUGUCCCAGGUGAUAUGAGAUGUGAUUGAUCAGCUCAAUCAUACUUUGCAUUAUGUUUUAUUACACCAUUGGAACACCAAGGUGAAUACUGCUACGAAGAAAUAUACGCUAAUUUUCUGCUGUUUAGCAAACCUAUCCCUUUCCUUAAAGGUCUUGUUUGUGAGUCAGUUACACUAUUUGCAUAUAAUGGAUUUAUACACAUUUAUUUUACAUUUCAACCAUUAAUUUGAUGAUAUUGCACAGACUAAUGUCUAUGAGCUAUGAAAGUUUUCAUCUCUUUGCCUCCUUUUUCCCACAGGUGAGUUAUUUGGACCAAAAAGAGAUUUAGAUAAGCAGGCAUUUCAAUGCACCAUGUACAUUAUUUAUAAACAACAUUAACCUGGAAAGCUCCAUUUUUAAAUUGUAGAAGCAAAAAUGUUUUAGAUGAUUAAUGUUUUUUGUGGGUUUUGACUACAAAAAGGAAAUAUUUUAUUUAGGAAAGAACUGUUCCUUUAGAUGGUAAAUUUUUUUUCUGACCUGCAAAUUACUGGCUUUCCAUAAUGAAUACCUACCUGUACGCUCCACUAAAUUGUUAGUGAAAUAUGGGCCACAUGGUGUAAUAAGCCAUAAUUUAUUUAUUAUUCCACCGAAAUGUUUUCACAAAGUUGUUAUUUAGAGCCUCAGGCUGUUAUGAAUAAAAUGAUAAAAAGAA